AGCUGGAGGUCAAACACAGAAGGAGAGCCGCACAGUGGCUGACACUUCAGUCUGCUCAGUGGAGAUGUUGUAAAAAGGAGUUUUCAGAUUUUAUGAAAGAAGCCGUCCAAAGUGUCACAAUGUGGAAACCCGGAGCCGGAUCCAGAAGCUCCGUGAGUCCCGCUGCUGUCACCGCGGUGUCCUGCCUGCUGGUGACCGGGAUGCUGGUGCUUUCGGUCGGACAACCGGGCAGCGGAGACCCGGUGGAGCCUGGGGCUGCAGCGACGAGCGGGAAAGUUUUCUCGGCGUAUUUCAGGAAACUUACCCGGGAAAGGAGAGCUAUAAGCCCGCCUCCGAGGAGAAGCGCUCCCCCCGGGCCGGUGGAGCCUCUCUCCCCGGAGGACCUGUUCAUAGCGGUGAAAACCACAGGGAGGUAUCACCGGCAGAGACUGGAGCUGCUGCUGGACACCUGGAUCUCCAGAAACAUGCAACAGACGUUUGUGUUCACUGAUGGAGAGGACGAGGAGCUGAGGAAGAGGAUGGGAGAUCACCUGAUCAACACCAACUGCUCCGCGGCCCACAAUCGCCAGGCUCUCUCCUGUAAAAUGGCUCUGGAAUACGACACUUUCAUCAACUCUGCCAAGAAGUGGUUCUGUCACGUGGACGAUGAUAACUACGUGAACGUGGGCUCCCUGCUGAAGCUCUUGUCUCAGUUCAGUCACUCUCGGGACGUUUACCUGGGCCGGCCCAGCCUGGAGCGACCCAUCGAGGCCACGGAGAAGCUCGGCACCGCUGAAAUGAAGCAGGUGAGUUUCUGGUUCGCCACCGGAGGAGCGGGAUUCUGUCUGAGCCGCGGCCUCGCACUCAAGAUGAAACCCUGGGCGAGUGAGGGCUCCUUCAUGGCGACGGCAGAUCACAUCCGCCUCCCUGACGACUGCACGGUGGGGUACAUCGUGGAGGCGCUGCUGGGGGUCCGCCUGCUCCGCUCAGCGCUGUUCCACUCUCACCUGGAGAACCUGGGGCUGGUGUCAGACAUACACAACCAGGUGACUCUCAGCUACGGCACAGUGGAAAACAGCAGAAACACAGUCAAUGUGAACGGACUGUUUUCAAUAAAUGAAGAUCCUACAAGGUUCAGGUCGGUCCAUUGUCUGCUGUACCCAGACACUGCUUGGUGCCCCCGCCCUCGGUGACUCUAACCCUCACCCAGAGACACACUGACUGCUGGAGGAGGACAAAUACAUCUCUGGUGUAACUCAAUUUGUCACUAAAGGAGGAGGAAAUCAUUGCAGACAUCCAGGAAUUCAGAGGGGAGUCUCACUGCUGCCCUCCUCUGGCUCACCAGGGAGGAAGAAUCUCUCACGUCCAACAGCAGUCUGAGAAACAGACUUUUUUUACGAGGGCCUGCCAUUUUAUUAGUUUGACACCUGAACUCUGACUUUGUGGACUGUUGUUGGGUGUCAAAGGGCCACACAUUGUAACGAGAGAAAGAGACUAGAGGUCAGAUAUAUCAGUUUGAACCAACAACUGAUCCAACAGAUUGAGAUUCAUUCAAUUGACUGCUGUUUUAAUUUCUGCUUUUUCCAUGGUAAAAGAAUGUGUUACUUACUCUGUGCUCCUCACAUGCUCAAGUGUUAUCAGUUUGUAAUGUACUACAUGAAGGAACAAUGAUUUGUUAUUUUUCAGCCUAAUGAGGCUAAAAGCAUCUGGGAAAUGUUGAUGGUUUUAUCUGACGCUUAUCCUUUCCGUAUUCAGUAUUAUCUUUUCUCUGAAGUAUAUCAUCAUUACGCCGUCUUAUUUCUGCUCAUCUUCAAUUAAUUUGGGGGAAUACGCUCAUUUGUUUUCACAAGAUGGUUGGAUAACAUGGUCAUAUGCGAGCUUUAGAGCCGAUAGUAAACUUAUUUGUUUACUCUCAGACAAAAAGAGGCUAACAGUUUCCUCCUGUCUUUAUGCUAAGCUAAGCUAACUCCUGGUUUAAGCUACAUAUUUUUAAUACAGACACACAAAUAAAAGGAGAUCAAUGCAUUUAACUCUUUUCAUGAAAGCAAAUGAUAGUAUUUCUCCAAUUUAACAAACCUCUGAAGUUCAUAUAGUAACUCAUUUGGUGAGGCCUCUGUUACAAAUAAUGCUUUUGACUGCCUCUAUCCAUUCCAAUAGCUGAAUUAUGAUCAUUAGUGAUGCUUUUUACACAGUAGCAGUGUAACAAAUAUGUCCCGAAUGACUCAUGUUGGGUCGUGUUUUAUCUUUCUGUGCUUUGAAAGCAGUUGUUUAACUGAAUGAAAGUUGUUUAAUUUAAUUCAGUCCCGUGUAAAAUGAAUGUAUAUGAUGAACCGUUGCUUCUGAAGCGUACAUGCUACCUCCAGUAUCUGGACGGUGUGUAGACAUGGAAUAAAAACAGUUUUCUUUUGA